AUGAGUAACUUCUACGAAUCAGUAAUACAAAUCCACUACUACUAUGAGAUAGUUCUAAUGUUGAUAUCUUCAUUUCUGAACAUGGUAGUCAUAUAUCUUGUACUGACUACGAAGAACAAGGUCAUGAAGAACUUUUGUAUGGCAUUACUCUUCAGUGUGUUUGGUGACAUAUUUUACACUGUAACUAACUUUAUAUCUAUGAUGGUAAGAACGUGUUAUCGACAUAACUACAAAGCACCAUAUUGAUAUAUAUUCUUUUAAUUACUAAUAAUUUCGGUAUAAUAUAGCCUUUCCUUCGCCAAACUACAUCAUAUUAUUGUAGAUAGUAGAGAUCAGAGGUGGUAAGAUGUUUUUCAUGACUGUCGGCUACUUCUCCAAUUCACCAUACCCAUAUAAUGCUCUAAUGACCAGUCUAUGGCUUACUGGUAUGUACGUGACAAUAAUGACUGUAAUGGUACAGUUCGUAUUUCGAUACUACACCUUGAGUAAGCAUGGUAUGACAAUAUUACAGUUGAUGGGGGUGUACAGCCUGGGAAUGACAUGGGCUUUGAGUCAAGGUUUUGCUGCUUUUAUAUGUUUUGAUGAUGUAUCACCGGCUGAUACCAAGAUCAUACGAACACAUCCAAUGUAUGCUAAGGAUACUCCACAGUACAUGUCUGGGGAUACUGUAAGUUCUAUAUUUGGGGUUUUAGGCUUCUGUAAGGGCACUUUUUUUGUAAAGUAGGGUAGUGUAUAUACAAAAUGACUGAUAAUACUACAUUUUACAUUACCUUCUUUGUGUUUCAGAGUAAUUUCGGAGCGAUAGCUCACUUUAUGUGUUCCCAGGUUUCCAUUUUGGUCAUGUACUGUAUUAUCAUAUUUACUGGUCGUCGUAUUUAUAAGUUACUGAACACUGACGUGGAGAUGAGCCAGAAUACUCGUAAUGCUCAAAAGAAACUGAACAUGGUUAUGACUUUACAGGUAAGUGUCAUAUUAUGUUAAUUCUGAUAUACAUAUCAUUUUGUCUAUACCUACAUCAACGUAACUUUAUCUAUCGAGAUACCUCAAUAUACUUAAGUAUUUAUGUUUAUACAUUAAUAUAUACAUACAUAUAUGGUAAAUACUUUAAUAUAUAAAAGUUAUACUAUCUUGUGUAUCAUAAUAUACGUAUAUAUUGAUAUAAAGGCCCCCUUUAGUACAGUAAGCUUUGUUUACAUCAAAAAUUAAGAUUAAAACAUCUUAGAUACCACAAAGAACGUCGCUAUACGUAUCGUUAAUACCUAUAUAGACGUUCUUUGUAGUAAUAGGGCAACGUGCAAAUUGCCAAGUCUACCACACGUAAUAUUAAGCAUUACCCUCAUACUAAGACGUUAUUUACCUAUUUCAGGCUACCUACCCCGGCCUGAUAGUUGGAUUACCUGUUGUUGUAGCGACGGGAUUAGCCGAAGCCAAGUACGACAUCGAGUGGGGUGGUAUCUACUUUGUCACCUCGAUAUCUUGCAUCCCCAUCAUUAAUUCGCUUACGGUAUUGGUGGUAAUACCAUCUUUUCGACGUCGUAUCUUGAGCGCCUUCACGGGUUACAGUCACUCAGCAGUUACUCAAGGCAGUAUCUCCAAGGAGAAGAUUACUACACUGGCUACAACACAUGCUGAACAUCUUGCUAUGUAA